ACUGAUUUUGGUGUUAGUGCAAUUAUGGAAAGUACAUCUGAUAAAGCAAAUACUUUCAUUGGCACGUACAACUAUAUGUCUCCAGAGAGAAUCAGUGGGGGCCAGGGUGGCUAUAACUACGAAAGUGAUAUAUGGAGUUUGGGACUAAUAUUGUUCGAGUGUGCUAUAGGGAGGUUUCCAUAUAUGCCACCAGAUCAAAGUGAAAGAUGGGAAAGUAUAUUUGAGCUUAUUGAAAUAAUUGUCGACAAGCCUCCUCCUAGUGCUCCAUCUGAACAAUUUUCUCCAGAAUUUUAUUCAUUUAUCUCUGCAUGUCUACAGAAAGAUCAGGGGAAUAGAAUGUCGGUUCAGGAACUUUUGGAACUUCCUUUUAUCAGUAUGUAUGAUGACCAGCAUGUAGAUCUCUCAGCUUACUUCUCCAAAACAGGAUCUCCACUCUCAACCUUAUAA